CCCCGCCCACAUUUUGGUCACAUGGAAGUGACAUCACGUAAGCAACUCCAUUCCAGCAAUUACUCAGUACGUAGGGAGAAGUUGACGGGGUUAGUGCGAGAUGUCACUUAAUAAGAACCACUCACAGGGGGCCGGGAUCAUUGUCAGCAACGGGGAGAGUAUUCUCAGACAGUGUAAAGAUGUGGAACUCUCCUUCAGCGAUAUGUCUCACAAAUCAGAAGCAUUCAAAGGCACAAAGAAAGGAUCGCUAUAUCUCACCGCCUACAGGGUGAUCUUUCUAAGCAAAGGGAAAGACCCCAUGAUGUCCUUCAAUAUGCCAUUCUACCUGAUGAAAGGAUGCUCCAUAGAACAGCCAGUCUUCUCUGCCAACUACAUCAAGGGAACCAUCAGUGCUGAACCUGGAGAUGGCUGGGAGGGUAAAACCUCUUUUAAACUUACAUUUAACAGUGGAGGAGCUAUUGAAUUUGGACAAAUCAUGUUCAAAAUGGCAACUUCUGCUUCCAGAGCCCCUCCUGUUCCUCAUGCUGCAUAUGGAUACACUCCUGCUGCAGGAGGAUAUGGACCAGGCGGGUACCCUCCAGCUCCAGGAAUAUAUACACCCCCACCCCAACCAUCAGGCCCUUAUCCAUAUGGACCCCCUGCUAUGAAUGGAUAUGGACCACCUCCGAAUGCUAUGGGAUACCCGUAUGCUCCGCCACCAGUAGGACCUGGCAUGUAUCCACCCCCUCCUGAAAUGAAUCCCAUUUACAUGGCUCCUCCACCACCUUAUCCUGGACCCCCGUAUAAUGGACCCCCAUAUAAUGGAACCCCAGCACCUUCAGCUCCCUCUGGAUCCAUGGAUACUGGUAUGCCUGGAGGCAGCAAAGCCACAGAAGCAGCAUCCAGUGCAUAUUAUAACCCAGCUGACCCGCACAAUGUGUACAUGCCUAUGGAUCGUCCACCUCCAUAUGCUCCCUAUGAGGAUAAGAAGAACAAUUAAACAUCAAAUCCGGAGCCCACUGCUACAUUGCCUAUACAUCUCUCUGUAACUGUCCUGUUUUAUGUCCACCUGGUGUAGCCCAGACCAGCUUGAUAACCAUUGCACCCCACAUGAGACAUCCUGCUAAUAGGUUGUUAGUAGUGAUACAUUUUGAAGAGUAUGUGGAACUAUUUACAGUAUGUAAGGCAGAAUAAAUUAUUCAAUCUAUUAACUUUUUUCUCAGUGGAAAUUUCUCUAAGAUAAACUACAAAAUUCUUCACAACGAAGGUCAAUGAUCAGUGUCUGCUAAAUCCUAUCCUUUUAAAGUACCUUGAUGAAAUCAUGAUCAUGUAUUCACACAAACCAUCGAAUUACUCUCAGGGCUGAUCUAGAAAUAGAAAAUGAAUCACCAUCUUUUUGCCUCCACCAUAAUGGAAAAUGUAACUGUCCAUGUUUAGUACACUUCUCCAUGUCUGUAGUGACCAGGUCCAGAUACAUCAUAUAAGAGAAUACAGAAUGUUUAGGAACUAGAACACUAGAACUUUUUAUUGUGCACUUUAUCCAAUUACCAGAACUAGUGCACCCUAGCACUAGCUUGUGAGGGGGUUGUGGGCCUUACAGUUCAGCACCCAUACUCUAUUGGAAGAAUAGGUAAAGCUUCAGUCUUCAUGUUAUUGUCCCUGUCUGCCUUAGAUGGUUCUUGCAAAACAUUAAUGCACAGAGCUGGCCUGAGUGACUUGUAAAUACAUUUUAUAGAGAUCCUUAUAACCUCUUAAUAUACGUUAAAGGAACAGUAACAGCAAAAAAUGAAAGCGUUUUAAAGUAAUGAAAAUAUCAUGUAUUGUUGCCCUGCACUGGUAAAAUUGAUGUGUUUGCUUCAGAAACACUACUAUAGUUCAUAUAAACAAGCUGCUGAGUAGCCAUAGCUGAAAUUGAAAAAAGUCUAUAUGGCACAGGUUAACUAGUGGAUAACAGAUAACACCAUUAUGUUCUACAGAGCUUAUCGGCUGUGUAACCUGAGCCUUUUCAGCUUUGAUGGCUGCCCCCAUUGCUACACAGCAGCUUGUUUAUAUAAACAAUAGUAGUGUUUCUGAAGCAAACACAGCAGUUUUACCAGUGCAGGGCAACAUUGCAUUAUAUUUUUUAUUACAUUAAAACAAUUUAAUUUUUUGAUGUUACGGUUUCUUUAAUCAAUUGAUGACUACAACACCCAGGAUACUCCAACAACAGACUGGCACACAAAGGAUCAGUUCUCUAGGACUGUAAAUGCCAAAGAGCAGUGUUUCCAGAGCCGCAUGGUUAAUAAAUAUGUAAUCUCUCCUUAUUAUGUCCUUGGGUGUGUAUGGAGGAAAGUAGAAAUGUAUUGUAUGUAAAUAUGUGAAGGAAGGUGCAGGUAUUGAUUAACAUUAUUCUGUUUACUGAGCACUGUCUUUUACAGAUGUAUGGAGGAAAUAUCUAUAUUUUGGGCAGUCUGAAAUAUUUGCACUUUAACCUCUCAGAAGGGUUGGAGACAUCUCUGGAAUUAACCCAAUCUGUGCCAGGGUCAAUGGACUUUCACUGAAAGGAAUCUUAUUCUCUGGGACUCAUUCCGAUAAAACAACUCUAGGAAUACUUUAUUUAAUCUGCAUUUAUAGGUUUGCCGUGCUUUGUAAAAACUCUUGGGUGAAAUUUCGAUCUUUUUUAGAGUCUUAUUCCUGUUAAAUUUGAAGAUUUGUAAUUAAAAUAAGUAUAGUCUUUAAUUAGA